CUCGAACGCACACACGCCGACCGGCAUUGGUCUGUGCAAAAGGUUCACUCCUGUGCGCUCCCACCACCGCAGUUUCAAGUCAAAAGGAGAAAAGCAUUUGGAACAUCAACAACAACAAAACGCCAACACACACAUUUUCAGCGACAGCUGACUUUCGUGACUCGACGGUUUGCACGACCCAAUAGUUCAAAGAGUGCCAGUGUUUUUCACCUUUAGGAAAAAUCACCCAGGAGGAGGUUUUUUUUUUCGAAAAGAAAAAAAAAUUUCCCUCACUUCUACAAAGUCCGGAAUUGACACCAUCCGGCCAUUUCACCAUCAAUUGCUUCCUCUAAUCUUCGUCAUCUUUUUCAUGGAUGAAGAUGGACUGAAGAUUGACACGAACUGGUUCGGGUGAUGUGAAUUGUAUUCUCGUUAUCGAUCCGGUACCGCGAGUGUGUGUGUGUGUGUGUGUGUGAGUGUACAGCGUUUGUCGACCCCCCUUCUCCUACAACGUAAAAGGAAAAACAUUGAUUCCGGAGUGCGGAGAACCCACUAGGGGGAGGAGGGAAGAAUUUUCGUGUUUGUAGUUUCGUGGAUACCGGAGAACCGGAUCAGCUGAUAGUGACGUCAUCAUACAAACAACAACAACAGCAACUGCGUUGUUUCUUUUUUAUUAGCUCUGUUGUUGUUUUUAUUUAUUUCCCCGUGACUGGUGUAGUCCCCGGCGUCGUCCGAGUGUCGAAUGAGUAGCGGCGUGAUUCUCAACGGCGGUUGUGCUGCCGAGAGUUUCACUUUAGGCACAGUGGAAGGCCAUCGGGAAGAUCCAUCCGGAGAGACUUACGAUGAGUGCUGGGAGCCGGAAGACUUGGUGGCCACCGUACAGUUUUUGGCAACAUUGGAUGACCGGUUACACGUGAUGCCCAGCAGCAGCCCAGACGAACCGGAUCCCGUUGUCGUGCUUUCGCCUUUCUGUCCCAACGACAACAGCAACAACUCUACCAACAACAUCAUUUCGACUGAGGAGAAUGACGAAGCAGAUGUAGGAAAUCUCGGCGGAACGAUGGAUACGACGUCCUCUUCCGUUGAGGUUGAGGCCAACGAACCUCUUCUGCUCCCAUCCAGCACCACCCUCCACUCUUUUGGGGACGCUUCCGCUCCCUCCGUUGCGUUGAGCGACAUCACGGCAGAGGAGAAUUCCGUCUCGUCAGCCGCCCAGACUCCGUCCUCUAUAGAGGAACGAUCCAUCAUCCGGACCUCCAACAAGCCAGCCCAUCUCAAAAGGGUUUCGUUUGGAAGCACAAAGGGAUCGAUGGUCGAGACCCUCAUCUACGAGAAUCCACACAGCGAUGAGGGAACUUCUGCCACGCCAUCCGGUUGGAAUAAGACAAACGUGAGCGUGAAGAGCAAGAAUUUGCGGUCAGUCAUUGGUUCCGUGCCGGAAUCGCUACCCGAAGAGACUGUCGCACUACUCAGUGAAUCGGCUCGUUCGGCCUCCAAAGUCCGAGUGACGUACUUUGAAUCCAAACGACCGCUGACGCUACCAUCGCCGGAGGCGUCUGAUGCGGAGUGGGACGACAUGGCCGAACCACCUCCGCAGCAACAACAACUCAAUUACACCCGACAAACCAGCACGGAAUCGGGUCAGGACAAUCCAUUCCGGCCGGAUGGCGAUCUAAGUCGGGAGGCGGACGAGCUCGUCGAAUUGCUUAGAGGCGGACGGGUGUCCAUCUCUGAAGUGUUGAAGAACAAAGAAGGAGUCCCUUUACAAUCACAGCCGACUUUUGUUGAUGAUGAGCAGCAGCAACAACAACAACAAAGUCCGGAGCAAGCUGUCCAGCUGAGCGGAUCACCGCCACGGAAUGUUUCUACCCCUUCGUCACCGCCCACCAGCAAAGCUGAAUCUCCAGACGGCGGCAGAAUCAACGGCAAUUUAACGGAGCAAGAGAAGAAAGCUGCAGAGGCGGCCGAAAGCGGUGCGAUCGAAGUCCAGCGUGGAGUCGUGGCUCCCGUAGCCGGCGAGAGUCAAGUCGAACACGUUGUGAUCAAGAAAAAAUCCAAGUGUCAGUGUUGCGUCAUUCAGUGAUGAUCACCGGUGUUGUGUGCUGAUUGACUGUCGCGGCCGUCUCCUAUCGCUGCCUCAGUUGGACUCUCUUUUUCUUGUUUGCUCCUUUUUUUCAUAAUUAUUAUUAUUAUUAUUAUCAGUUUUUUCCCUCUAUCUCUCAAGACUUUUUGACGCGGUUGACGCCCAACUAUUGGAUGAAGACUCCCUCUCUCUCUCCCGUUCUGUCUGUGUCUCCUAUAGAUUCAUAAUAUUUUGUUUUAUUAUUUAUUCAUUUUUUUUUCUCUCUCUCUCAAAUGGCGGAUUCGGGACAAUUACUAAUCGUCUUCUAUGGUGACUAGACAACCAUAGUUGUUUUUACCCUUAACAAUUCCUGUUCCGGAAUCUUUUUUUGACUAAAAGUCGUGAGAAGGGUGGAGGGGGGAAGAAGAAGAAGUUGAAGAAGAGGAGAAGAAAAAGUUCCGUUGUAUUUCUUUCAUCUAUGAGUGAACAGAAACUUUGAAUUUCCUUUUUGGGGGGUCGAAGAAAUAUCGAGUUUCCUGCCCAUAUAUUUGCUAAUAGUACACACACAACCGUACGGUACUCUUUCGCUCCUUUAUCUUUAUUUAACCUUUGUCCCGCAAUAACCUCUAGUACUCCCAAUCCUUCGAUUCAACAUACUGCUACAAUGCUCUAUUCACAUGUGUAACUUGUGGUACAUAGCUCACGCUGCGGUUCGUUCGUGAGUGGGGAAGAAAGGGAAGUGAAAUGUCAAGAGAUGAAAAAGCUAAAAAACAAACAAAAACAAGGAGAAGCUUGGCCAUUGGAUUUCGACGACAACAAACAGUGUGACGGGGGACUUUAACAACUUGUACGACGUCCUAAAUAUAUCGGUGUAUGAUGUA